AUGUUUUGUGGAUCAAAUGUUGACAGUGGAAAUAAAUGGAACUUUGCAGAAGUAAACAAGCCAAAAAGAAUCCUGGGUGUUUAUGUUGGGAAAAACGAAAAUGAAGCAACAAGAACCAACUGGGAAAUAGUGAUUACCAAAACAAAAAAUAUUCUAAAUCUCUGGAAAGCCAGAGGUUUAACACUAAAAGGAAGGGUAAUUGUAACAAAUGCACUAGUACUGUCCAAAAUCAACCAUAUAAUGGGGGUCUGUGAGUUGCCGCAGUGGGCGCUAAAUUCACUCAAUAGUGUAAUAUCCUCCUUUUUGUGGAGAGGAAAGGGAAAUUUGAUCGCUCACAGAGUGCUAAUUGCUAACAAAAGGGAGGGGGGUUUAGGGCAGAUUGAUAUUGGAGCCAAAAAAGAUGCGCUCAGGGCAAAAUUAAUUAGUAAAUUUCUAGAUCCAAACAGGCACUAUCCCUGGGAGGACGCGCUGGCAAGCCAAUUGUCCAACUUCGGGCUGAGGGACGUACGCAAUCUGUGUAUACUUCACCCGGAGAAGGUAGUUGGUGAGCUUAAGCCGUUCUACCGGGAGAUUGUUGAGGCAUGGGGCAAAUUGCUGCCCCACCUCAUGCCGAUAUGCAGGAAUAAAGAGGAUGUGUUUCGAUUACCCUUCCUUAAAAACCCUUGUUUUUUGCAUAAGGGGAAAACAAUAACGAGUUCACAUCUGAUGGAGGCUGGUCUGUUGUGGAUCAGAGAUAUAAUGGAUGACGACUUUAGCGUCAAACUUGAUUUUAUUUUUGGUGUGCUAAAAAACAAAAAUAUUAACUUCAGAAAAUGCAGCAUAAGGUCAAUUACGGAAAAAAUAAAAAAUACAGUAACUCUGUUUUGGGAAAGAAUAAUGCAGACAAAAGACAUCUCGAUGCAGAACGAUGACUUGAAUUUCCUCCUGUGCCAAAACAAUAACCCGGUCUCCGUGCAAGAAAUUAAAACAAAAGCAUGGUACAAACUCCUCAUAGCCGAAAUCAAAAGAACUCCGACUACCGAAAAGAUCUGGGCUCAAAUCUUUCCGGGUUUUAACACCAAAUCAAUAUGGACCAGUGGGGGAGGUCUCUUCACUCCCCCAACGCUACAACAUCUAGAUUUCAAAAUUAAGCACAGGAGGAUUUUCACAGGCAUCGUUCUGCAUCAAAUCAACAAGGGAAAAUACGAAAGAAAAUGUAAAAAAUGCAAUGAACAGGAUGAAGAUUUGGAGCACCUCUUCUUGGAUUGUAGCCUCGUAAGAGCCUUCUACUCCACAAUACGGCGGACAAUACAAAGCGCCUGCAAUUUCCACUGUGGAAGUGACACGGAAUGGACUUUGCUUUUUUUAUUCGGACUAAAAAAGAAUUCUGCACAUCAGCAUACUCACAUUAUCAACACCAUCCUCAGCUACACAAGAUUUUCAGUCUGGACUGUCAGGAACUAUGCUUUAUACGAAAACCGGACUCUGUCACUGCUCCCUUUUUUCAAAACCCUAUUUCUGAACCAUCUGAAAAACUGCUUCUUCGCCAACCCGGACACUUUCAAUCAGCUUCUGAACACUGGACACAAUCUUUUUACAGUACAUCAAAACAGUAUCACACUUAAUUUAUGA